GUCUCUGCGAGUGAGGACGAUCCUCCAGCAGCCACAACACUGAAACUUUCUCAUGCUGAGCGGCCAUUGGCUGGCGUGGCCACGUGACGACAGCACACUGUACAUGCUUAUGAUUCUCUACUGCUGCUGCUGGCCCUAUGGAGGGAGAGGGGAGCUGGGCACCCAGUGAUAGAUGGACCAUGCGAGGAUGAGUUCCUUCUUAGAUUACCCAGCUGUGAUUAGCGGGGAAGCUGCUGGCAGCUGCACACCUAGAGCCUUCCACUCUGACCAUGGACUUACAACUUUCCAGUCCUGCGCAGUCAGCGCAAGCAGCUGCAGCAACGAUGAUCGCUUUAUGGUGGGAAGGGGGGUGCAGAUAAGUACUCACCACCACCUCCACCAUCCCCACCAAGCUGCAGCCUUCCAGCCCCACAGCAACCUUGGCAUGUCCUACUCCCAUCCGAGCUGCGCUGCAGGCUAUGGCAUGCAGAACUUUAGCGCCAGCUACUCUCACUUCCCCAUAAACCAGGAAACUGAUGUCAGCACAGGGUUCCCCACUGCUGUGUACACUGGGAACAUUGCUUCUUCAGUGCUCCAGCACCAUCAGCACCAGAGCUAUGUGGAUGGCACAGGGUCAGCACACUACAUCCACCACUCAUAUGGACCAGAGCAGCAGAACCUCUCCAUAGCCAGCUAUAGUAAUAGUAACAAUGUGACCAGCAUUCACCUCAGCCACCAGGAAGCCUGUCGCUCACCCUCUGCUGACACAUCACCUCCAACGCAGACCUUUGACUGGAUGAAAGUGAAACGAAACCCCCCUAAAACAGGUAAGGCUGGAGAGUAUGGCUAUGCUGGGCAGCCCAACACAGUGAGAACCAACUUUACCACCAAGCAGCUGACAGAAUUGGAGAAGGAAUUUCACUUCAACAAGUACCUAACCAGAGCAAGAAGGGUGGAGAUAGCAGCUGCUUUACAGCUUAAUGAGACCCAGGUGAAGAUCUGGUUCCAAAAUAGAAGGAUGAAACAGAAAAAAAGGGAGAAAGAGGGACUCCUGCCAAUAUCCCCCUCAGCCAGCACUGGAAGUGAUGAGAAGUCAGAAGAGAUGUCAGACAAAUCAAGUACCUCACCCUGUGUCCCUUCUCCUGCUUCCUCUACCUCUGAGCACCAUAACUCCUCCAACUAAAGAACAACAGAUAGCCAAGUCAUUUCCCCAAUUCUCUAUGUAUGUGAAAUGCCUCUUGACAUUAGACUUUUCUUUGCACAACAUGUUCUUCAACCAUUCUGUGUUUUGAGCCAAGAGACCAAAAUAGAACCCAGUAUCAGUAUUGCCAUGUGUACAAAUGACUACCUGCUGCUUUAUGAGCUGCUGGCUGUGGGGAUCUACCUGGAGAUAUGUCUACAGGACCUUCUUCUUCUUCUUCUUCUUCUUCUUCUUCUUCUUCUUCUUCUUCUUCUUCUUCUUCU